AUGGAAGAUAUACCCGACACUGUGGAUGUUCUUGCUCUUUUUAUUGCUCGGGCAGUGGUCGAUGAAAUACUCCCUCCAGCUUUUCUCACAAAAGAGAGGAAAGACUUAUCAGAAGACUCAAAGGGGAUUCAAGUGAUAAAGAGAGCAGAAAAAGGCUAUGUAUCAGCUCCCCUCCAUGCUGAGAUUAUACUGAGAAAAUGGGGAGGAAGCAAGAGCACUAUAGUGGAUGACAUAAAAGCUAACAUUAACGACCUUCUGAUUGAGUAUAUUACAAGUGGAGACAAGAAAGAGGCUUGUAGCUGUGUUAAGAAUCUCAAAGUUCCUUUCUUUCACCAUGACAUAGUGAACCGAGCACUGAUUUUAGCUAUGGAAAGACGACCAGCUGAGGGACUGAUCUUGGAUUUGAUUAAGGUAGCUUAUGAAGAAGGGAUAAUCAAUGUCAGUCAAAUAUCUAAAGAAUUCAACCGUCUCAUUGAUACAAUUGAUGACUUGUGCCAUCACAUUCCAAGUGCGAGAAGUCUCUUACAGCCUUUGAUAUUUGACUGGAACUAA